AUGCUUUUUCUACUAACGCUCUUGCCAUUACUGCUCCUAUAGUUACAAAUGUCACACAUUUACCUGUUUUAAAAGCUCAUAUCCUAUUCGUAUGGCUAUUUGGAUCAUUAAGAAUUUCAACUGGUGAAACAAGUAUAAGAUCAUUAAUGCUCCGAGGAACUAUAAUAUUUUUAAUUGGAUACCUAGGAUGGCAUAUCGAUUAUCAUUUUUGUAACGAGUUGAAUAAAGUAUCGAAUCCACAACUACACGCUUGGUGGCACUUAACCGCGUCAUAUUCAAAUUAUUCAAUAUCUUUAACUAUAAUGUUUGAUCGGUCAAAAAUGCUUGGAAAAAAUACAAUAAUUAGAUGGGUAUAUAAUAUUUUACCAUAUGUGGAAUUACCAAUAGAAUUUGAUCCUUUAGAAGCGAUUUCAUUAGAAAGAGCAUUGCUCAUGCAAUAA